AUGAGUCGCAGAGUUGUAAGGAGAGACGCGUGCCCUGCACGGCUGGUCAAGGGGAAUGUACGGAAAGAAGAAGUGGUGGAAGCCACCUCCAUCCUCACCCUUAACGACAUGAUCGUUAAUUAUAAUGCUGCAGGACUCGCGGCCUGCCAACAGCGCUCCAUCAGCGGUGGUGGACGGCGGCGACAACGAGUCCAGGCCAGCAAGACCGAGGCGGCAGCCUUCAACUGUCCACAGGACUUCGGCUACUACCCCCACCCGACGGACUGCACUCAGUACUUCGUCUGUGUCUUCGGCGGAGCUCUUCAGGAAUCAUGCACCGGAGGACUUGUCUACAGCCACGAGCUGGAGACGUGCGACUGGCCUCGUAACGUCGAUUGCAACCCGUCCAAGACCAGUUCUGGCAUCUCCACGGUGAAGGUCACCGACCCGAGGACCCAGAGCACGAGUCCCAUCAGACCCUCCACCGAGGCGCUUACACCAUCCGUCGGAGAGUCACAGGACCUUCACUCACGCACCUUUCUGCCCUCCAGCAGUUUUGACGCUCGUUUCGAUCACACGUUCAGCUCCUCACAGACUCACCGCACCGCCCGGCCUUUCGAUGGCGGUGAUAGAUCGAACAACCAGAGAGCUCUCUUCCUGCAGGAGUCCAGCCCGAAGCAAGCGCUCGUCUCUCCCCAGUUCUCUCAACAAGCUUUCUUUGACACUCCCGCGGUGCAGCAAACCAGUCGAAGGGCCCAGCUUAGAGCCAAGCCCGCCACCUUCUCUCCACACGUGUUCCAAGCCACCACCCAGGCCCCGGCCCCUCCAGCUCCCCAAGUAGACGAAACUCUCUACGCUGACCUCAACCUGACGGAUCACGACUACCUGUACUACUACGACGACCUCCUGUACGACUACUAUGAAACAGCGUCGCCAGCUCCGGCCGCUACUCAGGCCACCCGGGUGCCAGCACAGAGACAACAGGGCACACACACCCCACAAAGAGGGUCAGGUGUAGCCACCAGGCACGUGGAGGUAGUGACCCGCACAUCCCGUCCACCACCACCACCUCCACCUACCACCACCACUUCUACCACUACUAGUAGCACAACCACCACCACCACUACUACUACUACUACCACUCCCCGCCCCCGCACCACCACUACUACCACCACCACCACCACCACCCCAGCUCCCACGAGUGCCCCUAAGCUGAGGCCCAUCCCUGUCAGAACUCGAGCGGAGCCUUCCUCUCCCUUCCCCAAGUCCUUCGUCCGUGGAGGUGCUUCCAGAGGAGAGGCCUCCUCUUCCCGUUCCUCUUCUUCUUCUCCCUCUUCCUCUCUCCGGGAAGCCACCACGUCCUCUAGGUCCUCCGCGUCACUAGAUCUCCAAGAGCCGGCCUCUUCGUCAUUCUUCUCUUCCGCAAGGAACGCUAAAACCCAGGCCUUCGAAUUUUCCGACUUUGACUUUGAUUCUGCAAGCCCCAUCUCGUCCUUUUCCUUCUCCGGAGUUACUGAUCCUGAACCAACUACUCCCGAGCCUGUCCGAUUCCCACCCACCUUCCCACCUGCUCCCCUAAGACAGCAUCAACAAUCUCACAACAAUGGUCGUGCUGGAGCAGGAUUACAAUCAGCCCAACGAUCUCAUUCCUCCUCAUCCUCACGUUCUCAUUCCUCUGCAUUUUCCCAAUCCCAGACCUCUGCAGUUUCCCAAUCCCAGCCCUCUGCCUUUUCCCAAUCUCAGCCCUCUGCCAUUCCCCAGGGUUCACUUUCUCCCCACUUUGCGAGAAUCCCAGCUAUUGGGAGUACCAAGAAGAUUCAAACUCAGAGCCAAGAAGGCUCGUUCACCCAGUCAGCAUCCCAGGCACUGAGAGCUCUGUCUAACAUCGCCACUGACUUCCCCGAGACCUUCCCUGGCCUCCAAAAUGAGACCCCUACAAGGGAUUCUCCCUCACCCUCUCCUUCCCGUAACUCUAACGCCAGAUCCUCCCAAAUAUCCCAAACCGUCCCAACCUCUUCUUCCAGUUCUGGUUCCUCUAGUUCAGCCAAGAGUCCCUCGAGGUCCAAUACGCGUCAGUCCAGCUCCAGUAGCCAACCUUCCAGGGAGUCCUCUAGUCCUUCCGUUGCUGCCGUUGACUCGUCUGUCCCCAAGAGGAAUAGGCGCCCCUCCUUGAAGCCUGUGUCAGUUAUCGCUCCCUCAGCACCGAUAAGCAAGGAUAUCUGGAGAUACCCCCCAAGGAGACCAGCUCCUGUGGGCCCAACUCCUCCUGUCGACACCAAGGCCACCAAAUGUGAUCCCAAGCUGUGUCGACUUCCAGACUGCUAUUGUGGUGGCAGGGAAAUUCCUGGUGGCUAUGACCCCGUGGAGGUUCCUCAGAUUGUCCUUCUGACCUUUGACGACGCUAUCAACGACCUUAACAAUGGUCUCUAUCGAGACCUGUUUGAGGUCGGCAGGAAAAAUCCGAACGGCUGUCCAAUUGUGUCAACAAUGUAUGUUAGCCAUGAGUGGACAGACUACUCCCAGGUCCAGGACCUGUAUGCUGAGGGCCAUGAGAUUGCCUCUCAUUCCGUCUCACACAGCUUUGGGGAACAGUUCUCUACGAAGAAAUGGGCUAAGGAGAUAGCAGGACAGAGGGAGAUCCUCUCAGCCUACGGAGGCGUCAAGAUGGAGGAUGUGAGGGGCAUGCGAGCACCCUUCCUAGCUGUGGGCGGCAACAAGAUGUACAGGAUGCUGUGGCAGGAGAACUUCACCUACGACUCCUCGAUGCCGGUCUACGAGAACACUCCCCCCAGCUGGCCCUACACCCUGGACUACAGGAUCUUCCACGACUGCAUGAUCCCGCCCUGCCCGACCAACUCCUUCCCUGGACUGUGGCAAGUGCCCAUGGUGAUGUGGGUCGAUCUGAACGGUGGAAGAUGCUCCAUGGGAGAUGCCUGCACCACGCCCCCGGAUGCUGAGGGAGUCUACAAGAUGCUUAUCAAAAACUUCGAGAGACACUACACCAGCAACAGAGCGCCCUUCGGCCUGUUCUACCACGCUGCCUGGUUCACCACGCCGCACCACAAGGAGGGCUUCAUCGCCUUCCUCGACACCAUUACAGCCAUGGAUGACGUGUGGCUCACCACCAACUGGCAGCUGAUCCAGUGGAUGAGGGAUCCAACCCCACUCAGCAGGAUCAAGAACUUUGCCCCCUUCAGCUGCAACUACUCAGACCGACCCAAGUGCACCAGCAAGAAAGUCUGCAAUGUAUGGCACAAAGGAGGCGUGAGAUACAUGAGAACUUGUCAGGUAUGCCCUGAGACGUACCCUUGGACGGGCAACACCGGGGUCGACAGCCCCCUCAACGAGCCCUGAACACCUCUCCCCCGCCCCUCACCCCCCUUCAAUUCUCCCCACCUCGCAUCCUCCCACAUCACCCUCCCCGAAAUAUAAUCUGAAACUCACGUUGCUUUCCCUUACCGCUGCGAUCCUGUGAUGUCCCUCUCCCACGGUGAUGCUGUGAUGUCUCCCCUCCCACGGUGAUGCUGUGAUGUCCCCCUCCCACUGGGAUGCUGUGAUGAUGGCCACGUAGCAAGGAUGCGAGACGUGGGGAGAUAUUUACUGUGAUCUCUCAAUCACCGUCAUGUGGCUUCUCGCGUUGGGAAGGAAAAAAUAAUUAUCGUUAAUUUCUAUUUAUAGUUUUAAACUAAAUUGAAUUGUGUGUGUUUUUUGCCCGUAUUUGUAAAAUGCUGCACUUGAUAUCUUUGACAAAAUCAACUUGAUUCGAAGUUUAUUAAAGAAAAUGUUAACUGCUAAGCAAAAUGUUAACAAAUGUUCAAUAAAUCGCAUACAUAAACAAAUGUCAUAAGU